CCGAGGGAGUCGUGUUGGCUUGCCCCGGGCCCCCAAGCUCGCGAAUCGCCCCCGAGGCUCGUGUGCGCGCUCCCGACCUCGCCAGCCGUUCGCCGCUCGCCCGCGGACCGUGCCUUCGGCAUCAUGUGCGGUAUAUUUGCUUACUUAAACUACCAUGUUCCUCGCACAAGACGAGAAAUCUUGGAGACCCUAAUCAAAGGCCUUCAGAGACUGGAGUACAGAGGAUAUGAUUCUGCUGGUGUGGGAGUUGAUGGAGGCAAUGACAAGGAUUGGGAAGCCAAUGCCUGCAAGAUACAGCUCAUUAAGAAGAAAGGGAAAGUCAAGGCACUGGAUGAAGAAGUUCAUAAACAACAGGAUAUGGACUUGGAUAUAGAAUUUGAUGUACACCUUGGAAUAGCACAUACCCGUUGGGCAACACAUGGAGAACCCAAUCCUGUCAAUAGCCAUCCCCAGCGCUCUGAUAAAAAUAAUGAAUUUAUUGUUAUUCACAAUGGCAUUAUCACCAACUACAAAGACUUGAAAAAGUUUUUGGAAAGCAAAGGCUAUGACUUUGAAUCUGAAACAGACACAGAGACAAUUGCCAAGCUUGUUAAGUACAUGUAUGACAAUCGGGAAAGUCAAGACAUCAGUUUUACUACCUUGGUGGAGAGAGUUAUCCAACAAUUGGAAGGUGCUUUUGCACUGGUAUUUAAAAGUGUUCAUUUUCCUGGUCAAGCAGUUGGCACAAGACGAGGUAGCCCUCUUUUGAUUGGUGUACGAAGUGAACAUAAACUCUCUACUGAUCACAUUCCAAUACUCUACAGAACAGGGAAGGACAAGAAGGGAAGCUGCAAUCUCUCUCGCGUGGACAGCACAACUUGCCUUUUCCCUGUUGAAGAAAAGGCAGUGGAAUAUUACUUUGCUUCUGAUGCGAGCGCUGUCAUAGAACAUACCAAUCGUGUCAUCUUUCUCGAAGAUGAUGAUGUUGCAGCAGUGGUGGACGGCCGUCUUUCUAUCCAUCGAAUUAAACGAACUGCAGGAGACCACCCUGGACGAGCUGUGCAGACCCUCCAGAUGGAACUCCAGCAGAUCAUGAAGGGCAACUUCAGUUCAUUCAUGCAGAAGGAAAUUUUUGAGCAGCCAGAGUCCGUUGUGAACACGAUGAGAGGAAGAGUCAACUUUGAUGACUAUACUGUGAAUUUGGGCGGUUUGAAGGAUCACAUUAAGGAGAUCCAGAGGUGUCGGCGUUUGAUUCUCAUUGCCUGUGGGACAAGUUACCAUGCUGGUGUAGCAACACGUCAAGUUCUUGAAGAGCUGACUGAGUUGCCUGUUAUGGUGGAGCUUGCCAGUGAUUUCCUGGAUAGAAACACGCCAGUUUUUCGAGAUGAUGUUUGCUUUUUCAUUAGUCAGUCAGGUGAGACAGCAGACACCCUAAUGGGUCUUCGGUACUGUAAGGAGAGAGGAGCUCUAACUGUGGGGAUCACGAACACUGUGGGCAGCUCCAUAUCGAGGGAGACAGACUGUGGCGUUCACAUUAAUGCUGGGCCCGAGAUUGGUGUGGCCAGCACGAAGGCUUACACCAGCCAGUUUGUAUCCCUUGUCAUGUUUGCCCUCAUGAUGUGUGAUGACAGGAUCUCCAUGCAAGAGAGACGCAAAGAGAUCAUGCUUGGAUUGAAGCGGUUGCCUGAUUUAAUUAAGGAAGUACUGAGCAUGGAUGAUGAAAUUCAGAAACUGGCAACAGAACUUUAUCAUCAGAAGUCAGUCUUGAUAAUGGGACGUGGCUAUCAUUAUGCUACUUGUCUUGAAGGGGCACUGAAAAUCAAAGAAAUCACUUACAUGCACUCUGAAGGCAUCCUUGCUGGUGAAUUGAAACAUGGCCCUCUGGCUUUGGUGGAUAAGUUGAUGCCUGUCAUCAUGAUUAUCAUGAGAGAUCACACUUAUGCCAAGUGUCAGAAUGCUCUUCAGCAGGUGGUUGCCAGGCAGGGACGCCCAGUGGUGAUUUGUGAUAAGGAGGAUACCGAGACCAUUAAGAACACAAACAGAACAAUCAAGGUACCCCACUCGGUGGACUGCUUGCAAGGCAUUCUCAGUGUGAUCCCCUUACAGCUGCUGGCUUUCCACCUUGCUGUGCUGAGAGGCUAUGACGUUGAUUUUCCCCGGAAUCUUGCCAAAUCUGUAACUGUAGAGUAAGGAGCGUCUGCAACUCUGGGCGAUUGAGCAACACAAGACACCUUUUGUAUUUAACACCUUGAUUUAAAAUUCACCCUUUGAAGCCUUUUUUAGUAAAUCCUUAUUUAUAUAUCGGUUAUAAUUAUUCCACUCAAUUUGUGAUUUUUGUGAAAUUACCUCAUAUUUUUCCAGUAGUUUGUGGGGGAGUUUAAAUAAUGGAAUUUAUAUUGGAAUCGUUACCACAGAGAUUUAGCUCUCAUUUUCUUUAAAGGAUGCUGGGUGUUGGAUUUCUGGGCCCUUCACUUCAGUCUGGGAGAAUCGUGUGUUUUUAGAAUAAUUGGCCUUUGUUUUACCGUGCUUCUAUUCAUUCAGCCCAAAGAAAGUGUAGUACAUUUAAUUUGGAAUAUCUAAAGCCAGUGGCAAUGUCUGCUAAUGGUUGGACAUUUAAUUAAGGUUUUGUUAAGUUUACGUAUAAAGAGAAGAUGCUGUGGUUUGUUUUGAAAUUUGUUUGUGUUUUGUUUUUAAAUCAAACUGUAGAACUUAAAAACUGAAAGCUUUUCUUGGUGGGAUUUCUAUGUAAGUUAGGUUAACCUGAGUGUCUCAGACCUGUUGCUUGUUAUCUGGAGGUGGAGUUAAUGCAGGAAGCUCAAGUAGGGUAGUACAUUGGUUUUCUCCACUCUUAACAGCAAGUAUUUGCACAAUUUCAUAGCAGAAACUUUAAAUUUGAGCUGCUUUGGACAACUGACAACAUGAUUUUUCUUGUGAAGAUGGGGGACCUCCAGGUGGGGUGCCCUACUUCUAGUUUUUCCAUCUUCUAAAACUGAUUUUUAUUUCCUUGUAUCUGUAGUUUUUUGUUUCAUGUGUUUUUUUUAAUGACUUCUUCUUUGAAAUCACCACACAAAGUUGCUGUCAUACGUCUGAGAUUAAAUCAGUACUGAUACAUGCAGAAUUCUCUAAUUUUUGUCCCAAGGAAAAAUUUCCUGCAGUGAAUUUUAACUUUUUACUGCCUUUUUGCAUAAAACUAGUACCAUCCUGCCAGUUGGCAGUUCUUUGUAGUUUGGAAGAUUUGCAAGGCUUUUGAUUGGAAGAUUUGCAAGGCUUUUGACUAAUCAUUUGACUGUAAAUGUACAUGCUGAGCCAGGCUUAGAGAAAGCUGAGUGCUUUACACUGAUGCUAGUGAAGGAUUGCAUCGAACACAGUUAUUAUUUCCUAGGUAUAUUUCUCUAUUGUCUGUGUUCUACCCCUGAAAUAUAUUUAGGAAUGAAGAAGAUACAAAUAAGUAAAGUGGUAUCAAGGUGCCUUCAGCUGGUUUACGUCAGAAAUGGAAAUUAACAAUUUAGAUUAAAAUAGAGUAGAAUAUUAGUUUGACAUCCAACAUGUUGUGAGUAGUAAUUUCUUUAUGGGGCUUUUUGGCCAAAUCUUGGGGGUUAUAGGGCAGUGUGUUUGUGUUUUGGUGAAGUCCUCUUUCUAGAGUUUUUGCCUUUAAAUUGUGAAGGUAAGAUAUUUAGCAUAAUUAUUUAAGUAAAUUCAUGUUUUUUCUUUUUUCUGUGUUUGAAUUUCUUGGUGAGGUUAAGAUUUUCUAAUAGCUAUUGCUGCAAGGGGAGCACAGAAUUCUGCUUGUUUUAGGGGGUUAGAAAAAUACUUUGCAUAUUUUGAGGUACUUUGGAAGGACUGUCCUCCUAGGUGGAGACUAGAAACCUGGUUGUUUUUAAAAAUAAGGUUACUAUUGAUAUCAUAUAUAUGUAGCUAUAUUUAUCCAUUUUAAUUGUUUCUGAGAUUAUUUUGUUUAGGCCUGCUAGUUUUAGUAUGUGUAUAGUGUCAAUUCUUAUGUUAAAUUAGCAUUUUAUAUCUGUGAUUUGUAUGGGUUUGUAGCAUUUCUUAAUGGUCUGAAGUUUGAGUCAGCAUUCUGAGCGAACAAAUACGUGAAGUCAAUCAUUAGUUUUCAGUUUCUCUUUUUCUCUUUCUCUCUCUCUCUCUCUCUCUCUCUCUCUCUCACACACACACACACUUCAAGCUAGGAUAAGUUCUGAACUGAAUAUCAAAAGCCGAUAUUGAAGAACAAAGAAGUGAUAUUUUCCAAAUAAACAUGGUUUCUCCUUCUUGUCCCUUCUUGCUUCUUACUUUAUUUAAUGUAGUGAUUUUUAAAUGCUUUUAUGUAUUAAUUAUGAACACAAAAAAAGAUACUCUAAUGAGGCAAAUCACUAAUAACUGUGCAUGCCCAGUUAAAAUGAAUGUAAUAUUAACAGAUAAGAAAAUCUGAUUUUUCAAGAAAGAUAUGCUACAAAAGGAGUCCUUUAUAUAAAAAGUUCUUUCUUGUAGUACAUUUAAAGUUUAAAUUCACUCAUAUGUAACUUAGAGUUCCUUACCUCAGCCAUGAGCCCUCUUUAGGCUGGGGUCAUGGGUAGCAUCUCGUACAUGGCCCAGUAAAUGAUGGUUACUUUGCAGUCACAUGGCUUUUCUGUCUUUUUUUAAUUCCCUGUGUCGGGAAUGGGAAGAGGAAAAUUAAUGUUCACUGUUUUUAGUGUGCUGUAAUUGUGUCAGCAUCCUAUUGGCAAGUCACUGUGCCAGGAACUGGAAAGGACAUCUUGUUGAAAGCAAAGUCUGCUUGUCCCCAGGCGGACUUAUCAGUGGUGAAGACGAAGAUCAUUGCGAGACACAGGGUGAGGGAGUGGAAAAGUGGAGGUGAACUGGGUUGUUAAAUAAUGGUCCAAGUUUAGGGGUAUAUAAUGUUCACAAGAGGUGGAAGAUGCAUUUUGUAGAGUGCACUCUUACCGCACACUUGUGUAGACCAUCUAUCUGUGGUACGCUAAGGAAGGUAAAGGCGAAAUGCACAAGGGAGAAAGAAGCAAGCAUCGAAUACUACUCAAGAGGAGUGGACACAGGGUGGUGUGCAGCUGGGGCUGGGGGUUAAGAGAGCUAACACAGAUUUUCUCUCUUAGUUUUGUGGAAAGUUGUUUCUAAGAUGAUACCAACUUAUCCUUCUGAAUACAGGUCUGUUGAAUUAAGCUAAUCAGGACAGGAGGAAAAGGAGCCCUGUUUUUGUUUUUGUUUUUGUUUUUAGCUCCUUGGUAAUGUUCAUUUGGCACUUAUUUAUAUUGUCUUCAAAGAAGGAAGACCAGAAACAUAUUUUAAGAAGUCCUUUGGAGUCAGGUGUUUUAUCUGUUUAAAAACUUAGGAUAUACUGUAGCAAUAAAAGGGAAAGACUAAUGUUAACUAUUGUAUGUGACAACUGAUUUUUCUAAAAAGCACAAUGUCACUGAAAAGUAUUUGUCAAAAAAGAAAUCAUAGCUCACAUGGAAUUUGUGAAGGCCAAAGAAAUGGAAGGGAAUGGUAAAGGAAGGUAUUUUAGCCUUGUGUCCACAUAUUUAGUGCGUUUUGUUUACCAGACUGCCAGAUAAGAGUGUCUUCUUCAUGAAAACAUACUACAGAUUACCUUCUUUGUUCUUCAUGUUAGAAUCUCAAGUUUAGAAGAAUUAACGCAUCAGUUUUUUCUCACAAUAUUUAAGGAUUAUUAAUAUAUCAGUAUUUCCCUUGCUUGGUGAGUUUAACCAUAUCUUCACAUCUAUGACAUGACAACCAAUAGGACUGAUAACAUUUGCUUUGAAUCAAUAAUUUCCAGGCUUAAAAUGAAAAUCGUAGUUGACUAGCAAGAUCGUAAAGGUAUGCUGUAUUAACUUGUAAGUCUGUAAUAGCUUGAUAUCAAUGUUAUGGAAUCUACAAUAAAUGAUGGCUAAUGAGAA